AUGUCGGGUGAGUCGAGCUCCAGGCAUCUCGCACGGGAGCACCCACUAACCGAUACCAGCAACCUGUCAUGGUCCACCGACGACCAGGCCCUUGCGCAGACCUUUGAGCGGUUUGGCGACAUUGAGAAGGCUACCGUUGUCAUGAGAGACGGCAGGAGCGCUGGCUUCGGCUUCGUUGACUUCAGCGAUGACCAGGCCGCCAAGACUGCCAUCGAUGAGAUGAACAACUCUGAACUUGAUGGACGUACCAUUACCGUCCAGGAGCGGAUCCAAAGGUCCGGUGGCUUCGGCGGUGGCCGGGGACGUGGUGGCGGCUUCAGCCGAGGCGGACGUGGUGGUUUCAACCGUGACGGUGGUGGUGGUUACGGCCGCGACGGUGGCUACGGCGGCCGCGACGGUGGCUACGGCCGCGACAACGGAUACAGCCGUGGAGAUUCGUACCGCGGCGGCGGACGUGGUGGCGGCUGGGGACGUGACAGUGGCCGUGACAACGGCUACUCUGGUGGCAAUGGCAGCCGGGAGGAGCCUUACUAA